AUGUGGGGUGGACUGAAGAAGCGCACCCACUACGGCGACGUGUUCAGGCGCUGGAGUGCCUCGCAGGGACUGGAUGUCCUGCGCACCUCGCUCUACAAGGAGCCUCGCCCGUGGUAUAUUGCGUACACACUCCAUCAGGCAAAUCACCUGCUGCAAGAUCAUCACUGCGCGCGUCUGCUAGCAUGGAGCACGACCAUUGUCGAGCUCCGACCGAGUCUCGCCGGCAAGCAGGAAGCGUAUCGAUAUACGCAGGAGAUGUUCAGUAUUUUUGUGCGCCAUCACAAAGUGGGACAACAGAGCCUGUACGAGUACAUGCGACUCUGCGCGGUCGGCAAAGAUCUUAGCUCGGCGUUUGACUGGUUCAAGUACUGGCAAGAAGCGCAGCUUGGGGCUCACGACAGGCUGAGCUCGCUCAGCUGGUUGCUGCGAGUGGCGGCCCUCUCGCCAAACGACGAGCGCGUAGAGGACAUGGCGCUGACAGUGUUGGAACUCUACACCGAACGCUUUGCGCUCUCCUCAGCAGACACUAAAGCGAUAAACGCGGCGGCAACAACAACAGCCGUCUCUUCUUCCGUUGCAACUACGCCGCAUCAUUUUCAGCCUACCGCGCCCGUCGAGGAAGCUGAGCUGCGGCGUUUUUUCUGUACCUUCCAGCAACUAGCGCCGCGAGUGGAGGCGAACGCACAAGUCCGCGCUUUUUUGGAGACACUGCCCAUCCCUGCUCCAGAGGCUCUCGCGGAUUGCGCUACCACCGGGUGGCCGACCGAUAGCGCACACCGUGUUUUCCCUCAGCUGGAGCAACACAUCAGCAGUGGCCUCAGGAUGGUCUGUCUCGGCAAAGACAGCAAUGCGUCCGAAGACGAGUCGCGCCGCACUGGCCGCCAUUCUCUUCCACGGCUCCGUGACUCGCUCCUGCACCCCUCCUUCCUCGCAAAACUCGAAGACAGCGCCGCGCGGCACAAUGCUGCGGAGGUGGUGGCUCUGGUUGAGGACUACGAGGAGCACGUCCGGCAUGAGCGUGAACGCACGGGCAGCGACCGUGUUCCGGCGGCUCGCAAGCGCACCAGCGAGGGGGAACUGUGGCGUAUGUACGCGGACCCGACAUCGAUGGCUUUCCGCCGCAGGCUCGUCGAGGAGGGCGGGGUGACACCGGAGCUGUAUCACUACCUCAUCACCGCACUGUCAGCUACCCAACCCUCUGCCGCGUUGCGCACAUUGAGGCGAAUGGAGGAGGCCCAACUGCGGCCGCUCGAUGUAACGCGCGCGACAGUCCUGGUGGCUGUUCAGGACUGCGCCGAGGAUCGCCUUCGACUCUUCCAGCAGCAGCUGGAAGAAAUGCGCCUCCGCGCCCGCCUUGACGAGGACUACGAUACUGUGAAGGUGGUGGAGGCGUACUGGAAAUACAAUUACGUGGAAUUUUUCCACUACCGCAACGCGCUUGAAAAGAAAGAGUUCUACGAAUUUCUUCUGCACCGACUAGGGCCCCAGGCGCUUCAGCAGCUACUUCUCGAUGCCCAAGCAUACGGACCGACGGCCACUCCGGAGGACUUGGUGCUUCUCGACGAGGACCUGUGCACAGCCUCGUAUCGCUACUUUCGAGCUCAAUCCGGCCGAAGCGCCGUGGAGCGCGCCCUGGACGACAUCAGCACCCACAUGCCAAAGCUGGACAUGGGGCUUAUUGGGACGCUGCCGCAUUUUUGCGAUUACUGCAUGGACGACGACGACAGCAUCGCACAUAGCGCGGCCGCGCUUCAGGGUCUCGUGCAGUCUUACGAGACCAUCUACGUCCUGGACGCCUCCUUCGUAGAGACCUCCGAAGCCUUUCUCGCGGUGGGUGCCGCAUCGCCGUCGCUGGUGCUCGUCCCGUACCUGUGUCUCUUGCAGCUCGCGGAGUCGGUUGCCAAUGCCGACCGCUUCGUCACCUUUGAUCCGGCACUGCAGCAAAUGACACGUGCGGAGCCGUUUCUAGCCUCGCAGCGGCUGCGCGGGCUUUUCGCUAUGAUUUCUGCCUCUGCCUCUUCGAGACCGGCAGGCGCGGGGAGGCGCACACGUGUCCUGCACUUCACUGAGUGCAUCUGUGCUAAUCAAGUGGAUCAGCAGGUGCUCGACGCUCUCGGUCUUUCCCCGUCCUCCAGCGACAACGAUCAGCUGCUUCUAGUUCUAGCAAUGCUGAGCUCACUCAAGGCUCCAAAGAUGCGCCUCGUCUUGUGCACCGACGAUGCACAGCUCGUCAGGCAGCUGGAAGGCUUGCGAAGCUCCUCGUUAUUUGGGUCUACGGUGGAGGUGAUCAGCACGGCACCGCCGGAGAAGCUCGACUUGGAGAAAGAUCUCAUCAACGACAACCCUGUCCUGAAAGGCGUCGACGAGUGGGGCUCGGCAGAAGCGUUCGAGCCCCGUCUGCGCAUUGCCGCUGAGUUGCGUGCGCUGAGUGAGGGCAGGGCGGAUUCCGCCGCGAGUGAGCAACAGACGGUCGCCGAUUCGUCCGUCGCCGGCAGAGACACGGCGUGGUCCUCGCAUGGAGAGGACGCGGCGGGCGUGGAGGUCGGGGCAUCGUCGAACGUGGCGAUGAAGGUCCCAGUCACUGUUAGCACCGGCAUGGAUUCCCCUUGGCUGGAGCUUCUGAAGGAGGAUGAGGAGGAGGAUGCCGUGGAAGUUGCGACGACCGCACCUGAUUCUACACGAGAGGUGACAUCAACGAGUGCAACAGCACCGUCUUCCUUACCGGGCGUGUCGCCAGUGGAGCGGGAACGCCGCGCCCGCUUGAUGGACCUCUAUGAGACUCCGUUUGACGUUGUGCCUGUUGGCGUGCGAAUGGAAGAGGCCUCGACUAUCGGGUCGGUUUUUACAGAGUUCGACUCGUUGGAGCCGGAGCUGCGAGCGGCACGCGCGGCGGAUCGGGCGGCAGCGCGCUCGUCGCUCUCCCUAGAGGACGGUAAGGCAAACAAACACGGCGGUGAAAAGACUCGCAGGCGUCGCCGCUCGGCGCUGGAGAAGGAGAUGCUUGCCAAUCGCGGCGCAUCCAACAAGGACCGCUUUCAAAUGGCGCGCCAGCUCUCCAACUGGAGCGGCGGUCGCGUGCCCUUCAACCUGCGAUACCGCUUGGUGGAGGCCAACGUUCGAGAUCCACGUAACUCGCACCUGCGCAGCGCCUACGAGGCAGCACUGGCAAAGAAACGGUUUAGUUUCAAGCAGAAGCAUGGUUAA